AAGUUGAAAUGCAAUUAUAUUAUCCUUACUAUUUAAUCAUUGUUAAACCUAAUCACUAUGAUAAAAAUAAAACACCUGUCACUAAAUUUUCUAAUCAUGAUGCUUUGUUGACUAAUAAUAUACCAGAUAUCAAAAUUUCUAAACCAUUAUCUUUUGGUAAUAAGAUUGCUUUAAUAACAAAAAUAUUAUAUGAAAAGCAAAGAAAAGAAAAUCAAGAACUCAAAUUAGACCCAGAUAAUUUUUAA